CGGUCGAAUGCGCAAUUACAACAAUAAAUUGAAAUACUUUGCAAAAAUAUAUAUUAUUUUAAGCUGCCAGAUUUUUCGCACUUUGCAUCCAAACGAUACCCACCUUUGAAACUAAUUCAAGUUUUCAAUGCUUUCUGCAUAAAUUUGAUAAAUAAAAAAUUCAGAACAUCGCCGUUGUUUUUUUAUUUGAACUUUCAAUUCUUUGUGUUGGUAUAUUUUUUUCGUUAUCGAUACAAACGGACAUUUUUUGAGUAAAAAGAACCCAAAAGGAGGCGUUUAAAAAUUCGAAAACAUGGGACGUGGUGCACUUAUUGUUUUGGAAGGGUGUGACAGAGCUGGUAAAUCCACGCAAGUGAAAAUGUUAGCUAACGCACUACAACUACUCGGCAUACCAACAGAAACUCGUCAAUUUCCAAAUCGCAGCACAGACAUUGGUGGAGUUAUCAAUGAGUACUUGACCCACAAAAAGGAAUACCCCCCUGAAACUAUUCACUUACUUUUUGCUGCUAAUCGUUGGGAGUAUAGCAAGGAGAUAGAAAGAAUCUUGAAAGCUGGAACAACAAUUAUUGUCGACCGAUAUGCAGCAUCCGGUGCAGCUUAUGCAGCGGCAAAUACAGGUAAAGAUAUCUCAUGGUGCAAAAAUCCGGACAAAGGUUUGCCAGCUCCGGAUUUGGUUGCUUACUUGAAAAUCGAUGAAGAAUCACAAAAAUCACGAUGCGGCUGGGCCAAUGAGCGAUACGAAAAAGUAGAGUUUCAGAAAAAAGUUGCAGAAAAUUUCUCCAAGCUUGUCGAAGCAACAUGGAAGAUAAUUGAAACGGGUGAUGUAGAACAAACGCACUCGAUGAUACUGGAAGCAGCAACGCAUAUUGUCAAAUCUGUUGGCAAUUGUCCUUUGAACAAAUUAUACGAGCCUUGCUAAAAACGUUGAUGCACGAACAGAUAAGAAUUUGAAGCGUUUUCAUAAUAAAUUUUAAGUUCACUUUCCAGCCUUCAAAUAAACUUUCCAAGUUUCAAUGCCAGGGUAAAUUCGAUACUAAAAUAUUCUUGAUCGUUUGUGUUUUUAUGGACUCUCAUAGGGAUCCCAAACAAUUUAGUAAAAUCGAAUAGUUUUUUUUUUUUUUCAUGGAAAAGAGUUUAAAGGCUCCUUCCUCAACAUUUAUAUUUUCUUUUCAUUUCUUAAUUUUGUAAGCACCACGUUAUUGAAUAACGACCCAACGCAGUAUCGUGAAUAUUUGUUAAACGUUUUACGGUCAAUUUUAAAGUCGUAGAGGAAUCAUCGAAGUCUCAUUCAAGAGCAAACUACACGAUUCCUACGAGAGUACAAAUAUAUACUUAUGAGUAUUAAUCAGUGACAUAGUUCAGAGUCAAGAAGCUCGCUCGUUCUUGAAUCUGAAGUUGAAGAGUUAAAGUUAUCUUUUUUAUAUAAAAGAUUUGUGAACAAAAUCACUGAAAAGUAUGUCGAUAAUUUUAGCGAUAAGCACAUAAAGCCGCAUAUAAUGCGUGUUUUCAACAAUUCCAGUGACACUGUGAUCUGUUGAAUUUGUUAAAAUAAGUUUCUAGAUACUUUUGUAGGAGUUCCAAAAGCAACAGUUGGCUUAGCGAAAUAAUGAGAAAUACACUGAGGUAUUUUCUGGUCUCGGGGAUGAGAAUUUUAUUUUUAAGCAAUGAACACGAAAUAUGUAAUAGGAAAAAUGUCAUGUAACAUGCAAAACAAUUUUCAGUAGUUUGAAUUUCGACUUUUGGUCUCCGAAUUCGUCGAAGGGAAUCAAAAAAUCUUGUAACCUUUGUAAUCAAACUUUCCUGCAGUUUUCAAAGUUGGAGAAUCCACUCUUGUCUACUGCAUAUUACGUGAUUCAUAUUUAUUUUUAACUCCUAUUAUCUUUUCAAUAAUAAAAGAACUGAGAUUGUAACUGUCAAGAGUAAGAAUGUCUUAUAAAAUUUUCACUGAGCACAAAAUUGGUGGAAGCGCACAAGCAUUUCAUACAUACGUGCACGAGUCCAUGUGCUCGUUUAUGCCAUGUAGAAAAUGCAUAGAUGCCAGCGAGCGAAGGAAACAGUCUGAAUAAAAUAUAAGUAUGCUGUGACAACUGA